CAAGGGUUUUGGUCCCCAUAUUUGUGCUCUUGCGCCAUGCCGCCCAUGAAUGGUAAAUACGCUGCCCAACACCGUUCGUCUGCAGACUCGGCCGCGUCUUAAAACAUUCCGUCUCUUCAAUUUUGACAUUACUCACGAGUUAAGGAAUCUACGAGAUGAAAUUUCUUGGAACGGCGGCGCUCCCCUGCGCGCUCCUGAGCUCGGCGGCAUGGGCUGCACCCUACACGGAGGCGCUCAUCAGCUUACACAAGACGCUCGUCGAGGCUGACUCGACCACCAAGUCGGAAGCCCUCGGGACGCAGGCACUCAAGACUUAUCUCGAAACCAACUUCACCGUCGAGCUUCAGACCGUCGAAGGAGACAGACAGAACGUCUACGCGUACCCCGGCAACGGCCGCAAGGCGCGCGUGCUCCUCACAUCGCACAUCGACACGGUGCCGCCCUACAUCCCGUACUCCCGCGACGGCGACGAGAUCUGGGGCCGCGGCACGUCGGACGCGAAAGGGAGCGCCGCCGCGCAGAUCACGGCGGUCGAGUCCCUCCUUGAGAGCGGCGACAUCACCGAGGGCGACGUUUCCCUGCUCUUUGUCGUCGGCGAGGAGUCCGGGGGCGACGGCAUGAAGGCGGCGAACAGCCUGAACCUCACCUGGGAAUCCGUCGUCUUCGGCGAGCCGACGGAGAACAGCCUCGUGCGGGCGCACAAGGGCGUGCUGGGGUUCAACAUCACCGCCGACGGGGUCGCUGGGCAUUCGGGGUACCCCGAGUACGGGCGGAGCGCCGUCGACCUCCUCGUCCGCGCUCUGGACAAGCUGCAGGAGACCGCGCUACCUUGGACCGAGGAGUUUGGGAACACGACGCUGAACGUGGGGUUGAUCGCGGGCGGCAUUGCAGCGAACGUCAUCCCCGAGAGUGCCUUUGGGAGGGCCUCCAUUCGCGCAGCGACCGAGGAUCUGGAGGGAAUCAAGGACAUCCUCAACAAGGCCGUGUCCGAAGUCACGCCUGAGCAUGUCGAACUGACCUUCACCGGACAAGGAUUGCCCAUCAGCCUGGACUACGACGUCGAAGGGUUCAACACGACCGUAGUCAACUACUACACUGAUGUGCCCCAUCUGAACGGCACCCACAAGCGUUAUUUGUACGGGCCGGGGACUAUUCUUGUCGCUCACUCGGCGGAGGAACGGAUCACUGUCUCGGACUUGGAGCUUGCGGUCGAGGGCUACAAGAAGCUGAUCCUGGAGUCGCUGAAGCGAUGAAAGGUUUGUGGCGCUCGAACCGGCGUUGGACCCGUGACUUCUCAAGCUCGUGAAGGCUGCCGACGGGAUUACAACUAGAAAAGAAAAAAACGAAAGAAAAAAAAGAACAACUAUCAAGGUUGUUGAGCAAGCCUUCGACUCAGUGGGAGUGAAUCCCUGUUGUACAAGGUCUAGGAAAAUAGGAAAGUGACCCAUCUGUGUAGAUCGAUGAGUCCUG